AUGUCUGAUCCAGUUCAGUUUCUUCAAGAUUCGCAAUAUAAAUGCCAGCGCUGCGAUAAUGAGAGUGCAGUUCUUAUAGCAAGAAAAGAAAAGUUUUGUGCGGGAUGUUUUGUGUUUUUCAUGAAGGGUAAGCAGAGAAAACUGAUGCUCGAUGAAAGAUAUAAGGUGAAAUAUGGCGCUGUGGCAGAGAGGCUCGGAACCCAAAAAGUAUUGCUUCCGCUUUCUUUUGGUAUUUCAUCGCUUGUACUUCUUGACAUGAUUGCAUCUUUAUUGCAGGAACAAAAUUUGGCUCAUAAAGGAAAACAAGGUUUUGAGUUGAUGGUGAUGUGCAUAGAGGAGGAGGAAAAUGCCACGAAGAUAGCCCUUCUUGAUAAGCUUCUUGCCAGUUAUUCUCCUGUCAAAAUAGAUUACAAAGUUGUGACAUUGGAUUCCUAUAUUGUCGAUCCACUCAUGCGGCUUCGGGUUUCGGAAACUUUUGCUGUGAUAGGAAAAACAGCUCCAGAAGAAACUCUCACUAUUCCCCAGCUUCUUGAACAUGCAAGCACGCGUUCGCUGCGAGCUGACCUUCUUUCUAUCAUCAGAUCAGAGCUUAUUUUCCAUACCGCCCAUGCCGAACAAUGUCAAACCAUUUUGUUUGGCCAUAGCAUGACUCGUUUGGCCAACGAGGUCAUUUCUCUAACAGUGAAAGGCCGGGGGCUGGAAAUUCAUACGUCUGUGGUUGAUAGAACGGCUUCCUAUGCUGGCAAGGAUAUUCAUAUUAUCUUCCCAUUACGAGAUAUUUUGUUUGCUGAAAUAUCGGCUGUCAUGAAGCUUAGCAGUCAUUUGGCUGAGUAUGUUGUUAUCAAGGAGCAUAAAAGCUUUCUUGUGAAGAACAUGACAGUAGAAGCACUUGUGGGGCAAUACUUCAGCAAUCUAGAUGCUACUGGAUACGCUUCAACAGCAUCCACCGUGGUAAAAACAGCAGAAAAAUUGGGGGCUCCAAAAGCAUCUGUAACUGCUGUUUGUCGUGUCUGCGGUGCGGAAAUACACCAAGACCCUCGCCAGUGGGUCAAUGAAAUCACAGUAAGCAAGGGCUCCCCAUUAACUACUGAGGAAGAAAAGGCCUAUGCUAAGCAAUAUUCUGACGCUAUGGAUGAAGACGCUAGUGGCGAGAUAAUUUCUGCAUGUUAUGGAUGCACAGUUACCUUGAUCGGUGCGGGUGACGGUUUUACAUGGCCCGUCCGGGCGACAAAGCAGGAGAUUUUGGAUGAGUAUGUGUUGGAAUGA